CGCCCCUUCUUCCGGCGUUGGCCACGCCCCCUGCCGUUGGUAUGGCAACGCGCCGCGCGACUCGGCUGCCCGGGGAGAAACAGGGAUCGGCCCCGACAGCCGGGAUCGUCCGGGACCGACAGCCGGGAUCGUCCGGGACCGACAGCCGGGAUCGUCCGGGACCGACAGCCGGGAUCGUCCGGGACCGACAGCCGGGAUCGGCCCCGAGAGUCGGGAUCGUCCGGGAGCGACAGCCGGGAUCGGCCCCGGCAGCCGGGAUCGUCCGGGAGCGACAGCCGGGAUCGGCCCCGAGAGCCGGGAUCGUCCGGGACCGACAGCCGGGAUCGGCCCCGAGAGUCGGGAUCGUCCGGGAGCGACAGCCGGGAUCGGCCCCGGCAGCCGGGAUCGUCCGGGAGCGACACCCGGGAGCGACAGCCGGGAUCGGCCCCGAGAGCCGGGAUCGUCCGGGAGCGACACCCGGGGUCGACCCCGGCAGCCGGGAUCGUCCGGGACCGACAGCCGGGAGCACCGCCUGCGGUGACAGCUCUAGAUCCUGGAAGCCGAGCGGUAGGCGUGGAGUUUCACUGAAUCCGAAAAAUCCGGAAUAAUGAACCGCCCAGAGGCUUUGAUCUUUGAGCAGCAAAGAGAACCUACAACAUCUCCAAAGGCCUGGAGAAAUGUAGAUACAAGUUCAGCUGAGGAAGUCAGAGGCCUACCUGAUAUAGUUGUUCCUGAGGAAAAAAGCAGCGAGACCUUGAAAUGCGUGGCAGAACGACGGCAAAAGCGUCACGAUCAAGCAGUGACCAAAAUGCAGCAGGAGCUGGACUACAUUGGCAAAGAGAUGGAAGCCUCUGUUUCGGAGCUUCAAAAAUUCCUUCAAGUAAAAGUGAUGAAAUCUGAUGAAAAAAGUGAACUUCUGUUCGAAAAGAUUGUGUCUGACACAGCUCUAGAAGGUUUCUCCUUUGAAGGUUUGGAAAAGCUGUGGAAUAUGAUUCACCAGGAAUCCUUGAACAGAAAGAAGUGGAUUAGGACAAUGGAUGAAUCCCUAAAGAAGAUUGAAAGGAGUCGAGCCUCUAAAAUAGCAAAUAUACUGAAAAAGUAUACAGUGAAAUUGGAGGAAAUUUCCUUCUUCUUGGCAGCUGAUGUUCACAAGCUCAUCAACGAGGAGGCCACGAAUAUAAACCGAGCCCUGCUGGGUAAUGAGAGGGCAACUGCCAAGCUGCUCUUUAAUCUAAUGAAAUCAGAGCUUGAGAAGGAAAAAGCACAUAAAUUGAAAUGGCAAGAAAGAGUUGAGGACUGGAAGCUCAUCCAAAAGAACCGUGUAAUUCAGAGUUUCAGAGAAUUUAUGGCAAGUGAAGAAAUACAGAAUCCCCCAACUGUGAAAACAGAAAUGGAAAAUAUGAUAAAGGAGCAGACUGUACUCAGUGAGCGGAGACUGGGGGUUUUGCAGCACAUUGGCACCUUGUUGCCUCCAACAGACAUGAAAUCUGAGAUAAAUGAAUGGUACAGAACUGUGGAGAAUUUAAACCAAAGUUUAGACACCCACAAUGCAGAGUGCGUGAAGAAAAUGCGCAGCAAGUAUGAGCUGGUCCUGGGCAAAUGUCAGGAAAAAGUGCAGGUCUGCAAGGUGAGCGUCACAGCUUUGGGACUUCUUGGAAGGAUUGUUGAUGGUACAGUGUCACUACAGUAAAAAGUGUUUGAGGAUCCACCAGACAUUGAGAUAACAAGUGAAAUUACUUUUUAACUUCUGUCUUAUUCCAUUAGAGAAGUUGCUGUGGUAUUUGUACUCAAAAUGUGUAAAAGCCGUAACAAAUGGCAGUAAUGAAGGAAGUACUGUCCUACAUUUAUGUGGAGGAUGCAAGGACACUCAGCCUUUGUGCUAAGUGUCUUAUUUUGGGAAAGAAAUUCCACCUGUCUUUCCUUGCCUCCAAUAGAAUUGUACUGUUUCCAAGAAUGUGAGAUCUGGGGGGUUGAAUCUUUCUCUGUCCCUCACAAGAAGAAACACCAGCAGUUGUUAACCCAUACUCGCUAAAAGCCACACAGUAUUUGUUAUAUGCAUGUCAAUAACUUGGCAUUUUUUUGUUUAGAUGAGCCUGUUGGAUAUGAGUGUUUACACGGUAAAAGAUGUUGAAAUUGUGCACUCUGACAUGCUUCACAUGACUGAGAAACUAGAACGUAGGUUCGAAGAAGAACUGGAGCAUAUGGAUGUACGUUUAUCACGUAUAUUUUUACUACUCCCUGCUAUUAGUCUGUUCUUCCUGCCCUCCCACCUGCAGUGCCAUCUGCAUCUGAGGCUCUUGAUGUCACACUAGAAUGAGAUCCACGGUGUGAGUGAACACCACAAAGAAAAGAAGCUUGGUGUGAUUCAGGGAGAAGAGUCCGUAAUGAUUUGGUUUACAUUUGUAACAUAAAUAUAUUUAUAUCAUAAUUUAUAUUUGUAAUAUAAAUAUAUAUGUCAGGGAUGAAUUUUGUAUAGCCCAACCUGCCUAGAGGCAGAGGAAUAGGUUUAAAUGAUCUCCCAAAUUUCUUUCAGUCUCAUCUUUUAUUAUUCUGUACAAGAAAAUGACUGGGCAGUCGUUCCUAAAAUGAUAGAUGGCAGAACUUG